AUGCAAGAGGAAUCGGACGAAGACGAACCGGAGGAAGCCACGAUCCGCGAGGAACGCACAACGGAGUGGAUUCGCACAAGCACUAUUGGGUUGAGAAGAGAAGAGCAGGAAGACUACACUGCCGCCACACGUACGAAGGAAGAUAUAUUGAAGGGAAGACCUGCCGAAUCACAGGCGCCGCCGCCGACGCGCGACGUCAUUCGCCAGGAAAAAAUCUCCACGUACGCGGCACCUGCGACAGCUGAGACCGGGUGCCACCCCACCAACUACGCGGGGGGAGCGCCCCCCUCUACAUACGUCACGCACACAAGUGAGAGACAACAGCCGCAAUACUAUCGUAACAACGACGGCCACCUGGAACAUAAGCCGCCGAGCGACAUAUGUUAUGAAAAGUUAGCAACGGCGAUCACUACUGCGGCACGAGCGAUUCAACCCACUACUGCAAGACUUCAAGAAUUACCCAUAUUCAACGGUUCGUCAAGCGACUGGCUGCCGUUCAAGACAGCCUAUGAAGAAUCUGCAGGACUGCUCACAGAACAAGAGAACCUGGCGAGGCUCCGGAGGAGCUUGAAAGGCACCGCUAGGGAAGCAGCUCAAUGUUUAUUCGUCGGAGCCACGUCCUCCAACGAAGUAAUGAGCUUACUGACAUCAAGGUUCGGUCGUUCGGACGCGCUCGCACUGGCCGAACUGAGUAAGCUACGCACCCUUCCACGUCUGGGCGAACAUCCGAGAGACAUCUGCAACUUCGCAUCGAAGAUUAUCAACGUCACGGCCACAUUGAAGGCGCUAAACAGACCGCAUUAUCUACACAACGCCGAGAUAGUGCGCGCCGUGGUUGAGAAGCUGCCUUCAGCAUUGCGCUAUCGAUACUAUGACUUUGCUGCGGAACAGCCAGAAUACCAACCUGACCUAGUAACCCUGACCGAGUUCAUGCAACGCACAGCUGCACGUUGUGGGAGCUACGCGCCCGUCGAGAACACACCUGUGGAAGACCGGCGGGAGCCAGCAGGCAGGAGACCCAUGAAGAGCUACCACACUCAAAUAGCGAAGCCAGCCGCGCACGAACAAGUUACUACGUGUCCUAUUUGCGACAAGACGGGUCAUCAUGCGGCGCAAUGCGACGAAAUGAAGACAGCAGAUGUAGCCGCCAGGUGGGACAUAGCACGCAAACACAGGCUAUGUUUCCGCUGUUUACGGACACGCAAAUUUCGCCAUACGUGUAAAAACAAGAGGUGCGGCAUCGACGGUUGCGAGUACAUGCAUCACUCACUGCUGCAUGGUACUCCACCCUCAUCAAAGGAGAAGAAAGAAGCUCCUGCAUCAUUUGUUGUGGCAUCAGCAAAAGACAGAAGCAACACCACCGCGCUACUGAAGGUACUCCCUGUGCAAGUGAGGGGCCCCAAGGGUACGUGCAACACACUCGCACUACUGGACGACGGGUCAACGUGCAGCUUGAUUGAGGCGGCGAUAGCAAGAAGGAUCGGCGCAGCGGGUACACCAGCACCCUUUUACAUUGAGGGUGUAGCCGGCACACGAAUCAACGCCUGCGAAUCGCAACAAGUACGCAUUUCUCUGCGCGGGCGCGACACGAAUGAGCAUACAAUAACGGCCCGCACCAUGAACAACUUGAAGCUAUCGCCGCAAGCAGUGCCACGUAACGUCAUACGAGCUUGCCCCCACCUGCACGACUUAGAAGAGCAUCUCAUCUACGAAGAGGGAUCACCUACGAUACUGCUGGGUCAAGACAACUGGCAUCUUUUACUCACACAUGCCGUGCGACGAGGGGACCGACACCAACCGAUCGCAACACUCACCGAUUUAGGUUGGGUUCUACAUGGCACUAAGAGAUCGAAUGAAAGAGUCAACACCCACAAAGUACUCCACGCUGUCGCCCCUGAUGAUGAAGAGUCCAUGGAGCAGAUGAUGAGGGAACACUUCAGCCUCGAGUCAUUGGCUGUCAUACCGAGACGCAGCCACAACGACGACGAGCGACGAGCACUGCAACAACUAGAAGAUAAAACCCGCCGUUUACCGGCGGGAGGCUUUGAAACCGGUCUUCUAUGGCAAAUAGCGCCACCCCAUAAGAACCCGAAGACUUGGUAUUUACUUCAUUUCGCCGUCAUCAAUCCACAGAAGCCAGAGAAGCUCAGAUUGGUCCACGACGCCGCUGCCAAAGCCAAAGGAGUCAGCCUGAACGACAUGCUACUACCAGGCCCGGACUUAAUACAAUCCCUGCCCGGCGUGCUGAUGAAGUUCCGUCAGCGACCAGUAGCGGUAGCAGCCGAUAUCAGAGACAUGUUUCUUCGAGUGACCAUACGAGACGAAGAUAGAGACAUGCAGCGCUUCCUGUGGAGAGGAGACGACCGAGAUCGCCAACCGACCGAGUACCGUAUGAAGAGUGUCAUAUUCGGCGCCACAUCAUCUCCCUGUACUGCUAUCUACGUAAAGGACAAGAACGCGGAACACUUUCGUUCUCACUACCCCGAGGCGACAGCGGCAAUCAUCGACAACCAUUACGUCGACGACUACCUAGCGAGUUUUGACGACGAAGGAGCGGCCGUACGCAUAUCCACACAAGUUGCGUACAUACACAGCCGCGCGAACUACUUCCUGCAACGUUGGGCAUCUAACUCGCGCCGAGUACUAAGCACGCUAUCACCGGGGUCGAAAGGCGACAUACUACAACUGGACAGCACGAAAAUACUGGGCAUGGUGUGGCAACCAGAGGAAGACACCCUGUCUUUCAACAUCAACACUCACAAGACACCGGCGGAAGUAUACAACGGGGCAAGAACACCAACUAAAAGGGAGGCGCUACGCACUACGAUGUCCAUAUUUGAUCCAUUGGGCAUCGCCACUCCAGUCACCAUACAAGCGAAGCGCAUCAUACAAGACACGUGGCGCUCAGUCAUCGAUUGGGACACCCCGUUAGAAGCGCCCGAGGCGGACGCCUGGAGCAGAUGGCUGGAAGAUAUACGACUACGAUCGCGUAUAGCGGCCGCGGGUGAUAUCACUGAGCAACAACGGUCACCAGCCGUGCUUGAUGGAGACCACCCGUGGGUGCGACUGUAUAUCGCCUGGAUACACAAACAGACGCACCACGGAGGCUUCGGCAUCACCACCAGCGAGGUACGACAGCACUACUGGCUCCUACGACUACGCAACGCUGUGCGAAGCGAACUGAAACGUUGCCGAGUGUGCCGCAUCAUGAGAGCCACGCCUCCAUAA